AUGUCGUCAUCCGUGCUCAAAAAGCCCGUCAAGCUGGCCUGCAUCCAGCUCGCCUCGGGCACCGACAAAGCAGCCAACCUAAAACACGCCGCCUCGCAGGUCGCCCACGCCGCCUCGCGAGGAUCCAACAUUGUCGUUCUCCCAGAGUGCUUCAACUCGCCCUACGGGUGCCAGUACUUCCCCGACUACGCAGAGACCCUGCUCCCGUCGCCGCCAGCCCCCGAGCAGGCCCCGUCCUACCACGCCCUGUCCGCCAUGGCCGCCGACAACAAGGUCUACCUCGUCGGGGGCUCGAUCCCCGAAUUCAGCCCCGACACCAAAAAGUACUACAACACGAGCCUGGUCUUCGGCCCGGACGGCGCCCUGCUGGGCUCCCACCGAAAAGUGCACCUCUUCGACAUCGACAUCCCCGGCAAGAUCACCUUUCGCGAGUCGGACGUCCUGAGCCCCGGGGACAAGGUCACGCUGGUCGACUUGCCCGAGUACGGCACCGUGGCCGUGGCCAUCUGCUACGACGUGCGGUUCCCGGAGCUGGCCAUGAUUGCGGCGAGAAGGGGCGCCUUUGCGCUGAUUUACCCGGGGGCGUUCAACUUGACCACCGGCCCGCUGCAUUGGAAGCUUCUGGCGCAGGGGAGGGCGGUGGAUAACCAGAUCUACGUGGCGAUGUGUAGUCCCGCCAGAGACAUGAGCGCCACGUACAACGCUUGGGGCCAUAGCAUGAUUGUCGAUCCCAUGGCGACGGUAGUCGCGGAGGCUGAGGAGACGGAGACGAUUGUCGAGGCGGAGCUUGAUGGUGGCGUGCUCGGCGAGGCGAGGAAAAAUAUUCCGCUGGGCUCGCAGAGGAGGUUUGACGUUUACGCCGACGUGAGUGCUUCGGGGGGUGGGGUUUGA